UGAAUCUUUCAAUAAGUAUAUUUUCUACCCUACCCUGCCUCACUUCAACCAGGAAACAGUGUAAAUACUAACAUCAUCCCUUUGUGGACACUAACUAAGCACACUUUGUCUGAGGACAUUACAACAAAUCUCCGUCUGUUCGUGAACUCUAUAACAAAGCUUCAUCUGUCUGUGGACAGUACAACUUAUCAUCAUCUGUUGGUGUACAUAAUAAAUUAAUAUCAUCUGUCUGUGGACACUUCAACUAAACAUCAUCUGUUUGAGGACUCUACAACUUAACAUCAGCUCUAGAUGGCAUAUUAAAAGUAAUGGUGUCAUAGCUGGAACAACAUGGGCCAGGGAAAAAGUUUUCCUGACCCAGAGAAGACUGUUGGACUUGUCCAUGGAAAACUUAAGUUACAUUUAGGGGUCAUCACAAAGAUAGCAAAACUGUCCUAUGAUGACUUAUUACAAUCUAUAAAGGAUAUAAAUGAAUUAACUACAGCCUUUACUGACCACAAAGGGAAACAACUCAAGUUUUCAGUGGAGUCUGGUACAGACACAACUUUUUUCUGGAAGCAUACAAUACGAAUCUGUUGUCAGAAGAUAAACACGAGACGUAACCUGAUUGAGUCCUCUCGGAUCCUUAAGCUUCGCCAGUAUAUUGAAGUGUAUUGUGAGAUCACAGACCAAGUGUCAAGCCUCUCUCUGGCCUCUGACAACACUUCUAUGCCAUCACCACUGGCAGCUGCUGGAGAUCUCUCAGCCUCUAUCUUAUUUGAUGAGGCAGCACGCAGGAGUGAUAUAGAGGAAAUGGAGUGUUGUAUUUGUAUGGAGAAUAAGUCUGAGAUCAUCCUAGCCUGUAGCCAUAAGUUUUGUGAGAGCUGUAUAGACCAAUGGAAUGUCUCAAGUCGCACCUGUCCUAUUUGCCGUGCCAAGGUACGAAGUACGGAUGACACCUGGGUGCUCACAGAAAAGCCCUCUGCUGUUGAAUUCCAGUCUGAAGUGAAGGACUAUCUACUGGGAAUAGUUGAUAAUAAAGGACAACCUGAUGUAUCACAUUAGUGCUUUCACAGAGGUCAUACUAAUGUUAGGGUCAGUCUAGUGCUGUAUGUUAGGGUCAAACUAGUGCUAUAUGUUGGGGUCAAACUAGUGCUAUAUGUUAGGGUCAAACUAGUGCUAUAUGUUAGGGUCAAACUAGUGCUAUAUGUUAGGGUCAAACUAGUGCUAUAUGUUAGGGUCAAACUAGUGCUAUAUGUUAGGGUCAAACUAGUGCUAUAUGUUAGGGUCAAACUA